AACACAACGGCUUGAAGAAACUUUCCACUGGGAGUGAAUUUUAUGAAGUAUGGCGAAUAUAUUCGUUACCGAACCAAUUCCCUCUGGUCGCAUAAAGUUGAAAACUACUCAUGGACCGAUUGAGAUAGAACUAUGGCCGAAAGAAACUCCGAAGGCUUGUCGAAAUUUUGUGCAAUUAUGUCUCGAAGGAUACUAUGACGGCGUCAUCUUUCAUCGCAUUGUACCGGAUUUCAUCGUUCAAACUGGUGAUCCAUCUGGUACCGGUAGUGGAGGCGAGUCUAUAUACGACGAAGGCGUAUUUGACGAUGAGAUUAAUGCAAGACUGAAGUUUUCGCGAAGAGGGUUAGUUGCCAUGGCGAAUCUAGGCACUCGUAACACCAACACAUCCCAGUUCUUCUUUACAUUAGGCAAGGCUGAUACACGCACUGACGAAUUACAGGAUAAGCAUACGAUAUUCGGAUCCGUGAUCGGCGACACCAUUUAUAAUGUCAUCAAGCUGAGUGAAGCUGAAGUCGAUCGCAAGGAACGUCCCAUCCAUCCUCCCAUGAUCAAAAGCGUAGAGGUGAUCGACAAUCCCUUUCCAGACAUCGUUCCGCGGAUCACAAGGGAGCAGAUUAAAGAACAGGCAAAGGCAAAAAAAGAGGCUAAACGGGAGAAGGCAAAGGAGAAGAUGAAAUCCAAACAUCGGACUCUAGCGAAGUAA